AUGCAAGCCGAUGCAAAGGGGAAGAAAAAAAAGGGUUCCAAGAAGAGAAGGACACUUGAUCCUGUUGUUGCUGAGCGAAUGCGCGUUGAGGAGGAAGAACGGCGUAGACGUCAAGAGGUAGCACUUGUUGAACGCCUGAGGGAGAUGAAGAACGAAGAAGAAACUAUGACAAAGAACGCGACUGCUGUUGUCGAGGCCCGAUGGAUUUCUUUCCUGCGUGAGUGCAAGCGCAAGGAACUUGUAGCGGAAAUUGAAAUUGUGCGUAGGGCAUUCGGAUCCUCUGUUGACCGUAAGAAUGCAGUAAUCGAUAUGCUGUUUGAUGAGCUUGUGGAUGCUGAGGAGCAGCAUCGCCUUGUUUUUCAGUCCCACAUGCGAACUGUCGAUUCUCUUAUUCAAAUGCAGAGCACACGUAUGGAAGACCUCGAGGGCGAGUUUGAGAAGGACCUCCAGGAGAUGAAGGCUGACUAUGACAGAGAACUAUUGGAACUUGCGCGCAAGCAUGAGUAUGAAGUGGCCGACCUGACAUUCAUUCUUGAGAAUAUGGCUGAGGAGGCGGAACAACUAGAAAAGAAGCUGCAAGAAAAUACUUCGGAGGCACACGACACUGCUCUAGAAAAGAUGGAGGAGGACCGAAAACAGAUGGAAGCGGAACUGAUUCGAGCAAGUGAAGCUAUCCGCUCAGAGUUAGACACAAGGUACAAAGAAUUUAUGGCUACGGCGCAGGUGAGCAUGAAGGAUUACAUGGACAAGUCGAAGAAAGAUGCAGAAACGACGCAGCGCAUCGCCUCACAGACGCAGCGUAUUGAGAAGUUGCAGGAGAGCGUUAAUUCGUGGAGGACGAACAUAGCGCGCAAUGCGAAGGGAUGGGAACAGAAGAACUCCGUCAUUCAACAGGAGCGUGACGCCACGAUCGGUCAUUUGAAGGCUUUGAAGAGCAAGAUGCAUGGUUGGAGGAGCAAGGAGGCCUCUCGUCUUGCAGAAGUGAUCAAGAGUGCGAAGGACGUUGAAGACAAACUGCGUGGUGUGGUAAAGGAUGCAGAAAAAAUCCUCCGGCUAGUGGAACUUGCAAAGCCGCUGGAAACUGACAGGGAGCAAAUACUCUCUUGCAACUCGAACAUUACAACAAGCGAAAUUGAGAAAGAAGUUAAACACUUGAUAGCAAAUACCGAUGCAGGAAGGCCAAGUGAAGAAUCCUCUGUCCCCGAUGGUGCGGCGUUCUCGGAGGACUGGCGCCUCCUGGAGCGCUUUUGGACGAAGUACAACAAGGUGGUGCUCGACAACGUGGCUCUGUCACAAGAGAGGCGUCACCUCGAGGAAGAAAAUCUGAAGCUGCAGGUGUUGCUAAAGCAGUACCUAGAUGAAAUCAGCCUCAACGAUGCCGUGAUACGAGGUCCCAACCCAUUGAUCCAGGCGUCAAAACUACUGACUGUAGUUGAAGCUGCUGGGCGCGGGGCUACUGGCGGAAGACGUGAGUACACGACAGCGAUAGAGGGCAACAAGUUCGUCUCCGACAUGACGAGGUAG